GCCCCCAGCAAACUCCUGAAACAUCAGCAAAUGCUUACAGGGUGAAGUACAGAGAACAUAUAAAAAACAAAUACACCACAAUAAAAGACAUGAACUCUCGUCUUGGUGAGAAUGUGAAGCUAAACAGCAGAUACACAAAGCUGAUCAUUGUAAAUGAACAUCGUCACAAAAAGCAGAGAGAACAUGAAAUAAUGGCCCUGGGACGGAGACAUGCAGAAAUCCUGACUAAGCACGCUAGUCCUAUCACCAUAGGUGAUUUAUUUGAAUCUGAUGGAAAUGGACAAUCACCACAAAUUGUUGUGCUGCAGGGAGCUGCAGGGAUUGGAAAAACACUGACAGCAAAAAAGAUCAUGUUGGACUGGGCAAAUGAAGAACUGUAUCAGAGCAGGUUUGAUUAUGUUUUCUACAUAAAUUGUAGGGAAAUUAACUUUAUCAGCGAGCAGAGAAGUGUUGAAGAUUUAAUUUUAGAAAAUUGUCCUGAUCAAAAUGCACCAAGGAAAGAGAUUCUGAUGACUCCAGAAAAACUCCUGUUCAUAAUUGAUGGUUUUGAUGAACUGAGAUUUUCCUUUAAUCAAUCAACAAGUAAUCAGUGCUCUGAUCCCUGUGAGAAGCAGCCAGUGGAAAUCAUACUGAGCAGUUUAUUUAGGAAAGAAGUGCUUCUCAAAUCUUACUUAAUAAUUACUACAAGACCAAUUGCCCUGGAGAAACUUGGGCAGUGUUUGAAAGAUGAACGUUAUGCAGAGAUCCUGGGGUUUUCUGAAAAUGAGAGAGAAGAAUAUUUCUACAAGUUCUUUGGGAAUGAAGAACAAGCAAGAAAAGCCUUUAACUUUGUAAAAGACAAUGAAAUGCUCUUCACCAUGUGCUUUGUUCCCCUUGUGUGUUGGAUCAUCUGCACGGUUCUGAAACAACAGAUGGAAGCAGGUGAAGAUCUUGCACAAACUUCCAGUACAAUCACUGGAGUGUACAUGCAUUAUCUUGACAGUUUAUUAAAGGGUCACAGCAGCACUUCAAAGCAACAGGUACAAGGUAACUUAAAGGGACUUUGCUCCUUGGCUGCAGACGGAAUCUGGAGGAAGAAUAUACUGUUUGUAGAAGAAGAUGUCAAGAAACACGGAUUAGAUAAACCUGAUUUCCUCUUUCUGAAUGAGAACAUCUUUCAAAAAGGCAUUGACUGUGAGUGUGUUUACACCUUCAUUCACUUGAGUUUUCAAGAGUUUUUUGCAGCUUUGUUUUAUGUGUUGGAGAAAGAAGAAACAGUGGAAAAUUCAGAAACUGCUAUACAACCUGUGGAAAAAUUGUUUGAAAAGUGUGAAAAAUCUAGGAAUGAUUUAAUGUUAACAGUACGAUUCCUGUUUGGUCUCUUAAAUAAAAAGAGAAUGGAGGAAAUGGAGAAAAAACUUAGCUGCAAAAUUGCACCCAAAAUUAAAAAUAAUUUACUAACACAGGUUAAAGAAAAACUCUCUUUGUCAUUGUUCAAAUAUGAUAAGUUGCCUUUUGAUGAGGACACGACGAUUUUGUAUUUUGAAUAUUUUCACUGUUUGUAUGAAAUUGGAGAAACAGAAUUUGUUCAGAGUGCAAUGCAUCAUUUAACCGAACUUAAAUUACUUCAUCGUAUCUUUACCAAAAUGGAUCAAAUUGUUCUUCAAUUCUGUAUAAAGAAUUGCUGUAAACUGGAGUCAGUUUAUCUAGACACCUGUACGUUUCUAACUGAAGACUUGAAUGAAGAUUCCUCAGGACUAUGCAAGCGGCCACCUGGGUGA